AUGGCUUCUCAGGUCUUGGAAAUCUCAUCGAUCCCGCAGCUCGUCGGGCUUGUUACGAGAAGCCUGCAGCCCACCUCCAUUGCAGAUUAUGCGGCUUUGGUCAUUGCGGCCGUGAUUGUUGCGGGAUACCUGACCAGAGGGGCGUUGUGGGAUAAGCCAGAUCCUUACUAUCACAUCUACUUUGAACGGCCGCAACAGCGUGACGGCGUUGUCAGCUCGCAAACCCAGGCAGAGCGCAAUAUCGCAAAGAAGCUAUCUGAAACCAAUAAAAGAGCCGUCAUCUUUUGGGGUUCUCAGUCUGGCACAGCAGAGCGCUUUGCAAAUCACCUUGCAAAGGAAGUGCAAUCGCGAUUCGGCCUUGGUGCUCUUUCUGCCGAUCUGUCGGACUACGACUCGGAUUCCAUCGCUCAACUGAACGAUGGACAACUCGCAAUUUUCAUCCUCUCAACGUACGGCGAGGGUGACCCCAGCGACAAUGCCCAUGGCUUUUGGGACUGGAUCAACAAUGGAUCCCCAGAUGCUCUCCCGGGCCUACAGUAUGCUGCCUUUGGUCUGGGAAACAGCAACUACAAGUACUACAACCGCGUGGUCGAUGUUGUGGUCGAAGCAUUAAAUGGCAAGGGUGCAAGCCUUCUUCUGCCGGUGGGCAAAGCAGACGAUGCAGAACGCUCCACCGACGAAGACUUCCUUUCAUGGAAAGACGACCUCUUUGCCGUGUUCCGGAACAGGCUGGGCAUGGAAGAACAAGUGGUCGAGUAUCAACCGACUAUUAUCGUCACCGAAGACGGCUCUCUAACACCAAUCGACCUCCAUCACGGCGAGCCCACCCAUUCUAGAGACAACCCCAAAGCUGCUGCAUCUUGCUCGCCUAUUCGACCCUUGUCAAUCACGAAUCCCCGAGAACUCUUCCAAUCUUCCGAGCGAAACUGUGUCCAUAUGGAGCUCGACCUUGCGGAGCACCCUGAGAUCCACUACAAAACGGGCGACCAUCUUGCCGUAUGGCCCACGAAUCCGGAAUCAGAAGUCGAAAUACUUCUUUCAGCUCUUCAGCUGCAUGAUCGUCAAGACAUUCCGGUCAGCCUCAAAUCCGUCGACACUGCAACCAAGCUCCAAAUCCCCACCCCUACCACAAUUCGCGCUCUCUUCCACCGAUAUCUGGAGAUAUGCGCGCCUGUAUCACGGAGCACCAUUCAAGGGCUUGCGGCGUUGGCUCCGUCGCCUGACGCAAGAUCGUGGGUCCUCAAACUCGGCCAAGACAAGGACGCCUACUUGUCGUACCUCCGAAAUAACCACCUGACACUGGGCCGUCUUCUGAAGUUGGCCAGUCCGGACGAACCAUGGGCUCAGCUGCCCUUGCCUUAUUUGAUAGAGGCUUUGCCUCUAAUGCAACCGCGCUAUUACUCGAUCUCGUCAAGCAGCGUCAUCAGUCCUCGGAGAGCCGCCAUAACCGCCCUGGUAGCAUCCGACUAUGUGCCUGAAAAUCAGGAGCAGAAGAUCCUUGGCGUCACUUCCAACUAUCUCCUCGCGCUAUCGCAGUCAUUCCCAGCGUCUGUCGCUGCUGCAGAGAUGCAGGCAACAGAGAAGACCGUCAUUCGUCCGCAGUACGACCUCUUUGGCCCAUCCAACCUCCUUCAAGGGACCAAGCUCUUCGCCCACGUCCGCAAAAGCAAGUUCAAGCUCCCCAUCCAAUCCAGCUGUCCUAUCAUCAUGGUCGCGGCCGGGACCGGAAUCGCUCCAUUCCGAGCCUUCAUCGCCGAGCGCGCAAAACUCCACGCCAUUGGGAAACCCGUGGGCGAGAUGAUUCUCUUCUUCGGAUGUCGUCGGCCGCAAGAAGACUUCAUCUACCGUGACGAACUGGAGCAGGCUCAGCUUGCUCUCGGAAAGGAUGUUUUCAAGAUCAUCACGGCCUUUUCGCGGGUCCAGGGCCAAGGAAAAGUCUAUGUCCAGCAGCGAGUGCGAGAACAUGGCAAGGAAGUAGUCAGCUUGAUCGAGGAGAAUGGCGCGAGCUUCUACAUUUGUGGCCGUGCCUCGAUGGCGAGAGAAGUCGGGUUCAGCCUCGGUGAGACAAUCAAGGAGAUCAAGGGGUGGAGUGAUUCCGAGGUGAAGGGCUGGGGUGAAGCGCUCAAGAGGACGGGCAAGUGGAAGGAAGAUGUUUGGGGUUGA